AAUGAUGAUGGACUACUUCGUUACAAAUAAUUCUUUAGCACCAGCUCCUAUGGGAAUUCAAAGUACUGCUGGUGCUGUACCCGUAAAAAAUGACAAAGGAGAGCUGUCCAUGAAAAAGGUGAAGGUACAUCGUUAUGUUUCUGGAAAACGUCCAGAUUAUGCUCCAGCUGCUAGUUCUGAUGAAGAAUCCGAAGAGGACGACUUCUUGGAUAGACGGGUACACAAAAGUUAUGAGGAAAAUGACAUUUCUAUGGAUGUUCCGGUACAGUCGCAAAUUAGGAUACGCGACGAAGAUGACCCACGUUUAAGACGGUUAACACGUUUGGAGAGACACAAAGAAUCGAACACAGAGAUUCGUACAGAGAGGCACAGACACAUUUAUGAACCAGAACUGAUCGAAGUCGAGCCUGAAAGAACUCGUGAAAGAAUCAAGUUGGAGAGUUCUGAUUCGUCGGAAGAUGAAGAGUUAUCAGAUUCAGAGAUCGAAAAGAGACGCGAAGCAUUGAAACAGCGAGUGUUGUCUAAGAAGGGAAAUGAGGAAGAACUGAUUCAUGGGGAAGAAGAUGAAAGAUCCGGCGACAGUUCGGAUGAGAGCUCAGAAUAUGAAGAAUAUACUGAUUCAGAAGAGGAAACUGGUCCAAGAUUGAAGCCAGUUUUUGUGCGUAAAAAGGAUAGAAUUACAGUAAUGGAAAAAGAAAAAGAAGCAAUGAAACAGAAGCAAGCAGAAAUCGAGGCCAAGAAGAUGGCAGAGGAACGAAAACGGCAGACCUUAAGGAUGGUAGAAGAGGCAAUACGGAAGGAAACGCAAGUUGGUAAAAAUAGUAACGAACAGGAAGGAAAGCUUGAAGAUGUUUGUACAGAUGAUGAAAACGAUGAAGUAGAAUAUGAAGCUUGGAAGUUGAGGGAAUUGAAAAGAAUUAAACGUGAUCGGGAAGAAAGGGAACUGCUUGAAAAGGAACGUCUCGAGAUUGAACGUAUACGGAAUAUGACAGAGGAGGAACGAAGGCAAGAAGCCCGAUUAAAUCCGAAGCUUAUUACGAAUAAAGCUGCUAAAGGAAAGUACAAGUUCCUACAGAAAUAUUAUCAUCGUGGAGCCUUCUAUUUGGAUAAAGAAGAUAACAUAUUUAAACGAGAUUUCUCUGGCGCGACAUUGGAAGAUCAUUUCGACAAGACAAUUUUGCCAAAAGUUAUGCAAGUAAAGAAUUUCGGGCGCAGUGGUAGAACAAAAUAUACUCACUUGGUUGAUCAAGAUACUACUCAAUUUGAUUCACCCUGGAUCUCGGAGACAGCACAAAACCUGAAGUUUCAUAAUAAUCAAGCAGCGGGAAUGAAGCAGAUAUUUGACCGACCAUCGUUGAAAAAAAGAAAAAACGAAAACUAA